GGAAGAGCGGAUAUAGUGGAUGCAGGGUCCAGGAAGAGCGGAUAUAGUGAAUGCAGGGUCUGGGGAGAUCAGAUACAGUGAAUGCAGGGUCCUGGGAGACCGGAUAUAGUGAAUGCAGGGUCCAGGGAGACCGGAUAUAGUGAAUGCAGGGUCCGGGGAGACCGGAUAUAGUGAAUGCAGGGUCCGGGGAGACCAGAUAUAGUGAAUGCAGGGUCCGGGGAGAGCGGAUAUAGUGAAUGCAGGGGUCCGGGGAGACCGGAUAUAGUGAAUGCAGGGUCCGGGGAGACCGGAUAUAGUGAAUGCAGGGUCCGGGGA